AUGUUUGUUGACUUUAGGAAAGCUUAUGACAGCAUUCAUAGAAAUAGCCUGUACAACAUAAUGGAAGAAUUUGGUUUCCCAAAAAAAUUAAUAAAUCUAACCAAACUGUCUAUGGAAGUAGUGAAGUACCAAGUCAGAGUAGAAAGUACUACGUCAGAGGCGUUUAAUGUUGAAACGGGACUAAAACAGGGGGACACACUAUCCCCAUUAUUAUUCAACAUAGCCCUAGAAAAGGCAGUACGAGUUUUGCAAAACGAAGCAAGAGGAAUAAACGUGGAUGAAUAUCAUAUAAAAGUGUUAGGUUUUGCAGAUGAUCUUAAUAUCAUAGGAGAAACAUUGGAUGAUACAGUGAGAGCUACUGAAGCAUUAGAACACGCAGCAGAACGAAUAGGGCUACACAUAAACGUAGACAAAACAAAAUUAAUGGAACUAUUAGACAUGGAAACAUCGUUAGAUGUUUUAGAGACGUUACCAUAUGAAAAAGUCGAACAAUUUCAGUAUCUAGGUACAUUACUUAAUACUAAAAAUGAUUGGUCCUAUGAGAUCGGGUCGAGAAUAACAAAAGCAGAAAGAGCGUUUUUCGCCUUGCUGAAGUUUUUUAAAUGUAAAUUAUUUUCAAAACGAACAAAAAUAAGUCUAUAUACAUCAAUCAUAAGACAGAUACUAACAUAUGGUUGUAAAAUAUGGACUACUACAAGUAUUACAGAACGACGACUAAAGACUUUUGAAAACAAAAUAUGGCGAAAGAUAUGUGGCCCGGUUAAAGACCCAAGGACAGGUCAGUGGCGUAGGAAGUUCAACCAAGAACUGAAGGAGGAAUUAAAAAUAGUAUCAAUAAAUAGUUUCAUAAAGAGACAAAGGUUACAAUGGCUAGGACAUGUCAUGACGCAGAAUUCUGAUGCAGUAACCAAAAUGGUACUGAAUUGGAAACCAGAAGGAAAAAGGCCACGGGGUCGUACUCAGAAGAGAUGGUUGGAUGUUGUAGAAAAGGAUUUGGAAGAUCUUGGAGUGCAGGAUUGGAGGGAGAUUGUGCAGGAUCGUGAUAAGUGGAGUGAUUUGGUGAUGGCGGCGGAAACUCUUGGAGAGUUAUAA